AUGGAUCCGAGAAGCGAUGUCGAGAAGCAGAGCAACCCAGCCCCAAAUGGCCCUUGCGAGCCGCCGCAGCCCGCGCACUCCGUCUUUAAAUCGCUCGGCCUCCUCGACCGCUUCCUAGCAGUCUGGAUCUUCCUGGCGAUGCUGAUUGGCAUCCUCCUCGGCAACUUUGUUGGCGAUGUUGGACCGGCGCUGCAACGGGGCACCUUUGUUGAUGUUUCGGUGCCCAUCGCCAUCGGGCUGCUCGUCAUGAUGUAUCCCAUUCUGUGCAAAGUUCAGUACGAGAAGCUGCAUGUGGUCUUCAAAACGAGGGAGAUCUGGAUCCAGCUCGGCUUCAGUGUUAUUGUCAACUGGGUUGUUGCGCCGUUGGUCAUGCUUGGCCUCGCUUGGGCUUUCCUUCCGGACCAGCAGAGUCUCCGUGAGGGCCUCAUCUUGGUGGGAAUCGCGCGUUGCAUUGCCAUGGUUCUGAUCUGGAACAAUCUCGCCGGCGGCAACGGUGACUACUGCGCCAUCCUGGUGGCCGCCAACUCGCUCCUCCAAAUCGUGCUAUUCGCCCCCAUAUCUCUCCUCUUCAUCCGCGUCUUCAACCCCGGCGGAGAGAGCGCGAUCACCAUCUCGUACUCAACAGUCGCCACUUCCGUGGGCGUCUUCCUCGGAAUCCCCCUUGGCGCCGCCAUCGUCACCCGCCUGGGGCUACUCCUUCUCAUUGGCCCCGAUCGCUACCAAACCCAUUUCAUCCGCUUCGUGGCUCCUUUGUCGCUGAUCGGCUUGCUCUUCACCAUUCUUGUCCUGUUUGCUUCGCAGGGUUCCCAGGUCGUGCACCAGAUUGUGUCAGUCGUGCGCGUGGCCGCCCCGCUGGUCGUCUAUUUCUCACUAAUAUUCUUCGCAACGCUGAUUGCGACUAAGAGAAUGGGUUUCCCAUACGGCUUCUCCGUCACCCAGAGCUUCACGGCCGCCAGCAAUAACUUUGAGCUGGCCAUCGCCGUUGCCGUGGCCUCGUUCGGGCCGCACUCGGAUCAAGCUCUGGCGGCGACUGUCGGGCCGCUGAUUGAGGUGCCCGUGCUGCUCGGGUUAGUCUACGGGGUCCGGUGGUAUGCCAGGAGGACUGGGUGGAAGGAGUAA